AUGAUCUUCACAAAACUCCUAGCCUCAGUGUCCCUCGCCACUGCUGCCAGCGCUGCAUCGCUUGAUUCCAGUCUUUAUGGGACCUGGUCAACAAAGUCAAAUAUGGUGUUCACCGGCCCAGGGUUCUACGAUCCAGUCGAUGAGCUCUUGAUCGAGCCUAGUCUUCCUGGCCGUAGUUACUCGUUCACCGAAGAUGGGUACUACGAGUCGGCUCUUUAUGUGGUGACCCCUAAUGCCAAAGACCACACUUGCCCAACCGCUGUGCUUCAAUGGGAGCAUGGGACUUACAACAUUAGUGAUGGGCAGAUUAACUUUCAAUCUAUCGCGGUCGAUGGCCGUCAAUUGUUGAGUGAUCCAUGUAAUGAUGAUGGUACCUCGGUGUACACUCGUUAUAGUUCCAACACCUCUUUUUCAGAAUACAUUGUGUACGUUGAUUCGUACAAUGGUCGUUGGAAGUUACAACUCUACGAUGCCGAUGGGGCUCCUAUCCCACCACUCUGGCUCGCCUAUAGACCUGCCCUCAUUUUGCCAACAGAGACCUUGAACCCUACAGCCACCGCAUCUGCCACCUCCGGAUCAUCUUCUAGAAGAAAAGUCAAGAGAAGUUUGGAAAACCAAAGAAAAACUAAUGCCAUUAGAGUAACCUCCGAUCAUAGUAACAUAUGGUACUUUGGGAUCGCCCUUUUUGGUUUGGGUGCGGUAUCGUAUGCAUUUGUUUGA